UGUUUGUGUGAACAUUUCCUCUUGAAUUUCUGUGGAACUGGUCCAUGUCAUUUAUUGAGCAGAGCCACUCCUCUGCAUUGGACUUUGAAACCAACACCGAGACCUGACUCAACAUAAAUACUGUACACGGUAUCUUAAAUCCGUCCGUGGUUUUUGACAAUCUCAUAGGAUAAGGCUUGAAAACUAAGGUGGAGAAAGAAAAGUCCCCUAAGAGAAGAUCUGAUAACAAAUUCAAGACUGCUGACAAAACAGAAAGAUAUGGCUGCCAUGUAUGGUCUGGAGCCGACGCAGCUGGUUUUGUUGUUACUGGGUGAGAAGAAAAGUGGGAAGAGUUCCGCUGGAAACAAAAUCCUGACCAGACAAGCCUUCAAGAAGAAAACCACCCGGAGCCAAAUGGAGAAAGGCACAGUCUUUGGAAUAGAGGCAAAUGAACAGGUGGCGGUGAUAGACACUCCGGGGUGGCUGACCCACACGAGUACUCCACACAAAGUGUCCCAGGAGCUCCUCAGAGCUCUGACUCUGUGCGGUCACUCCGGACCUCACGCCAUCCUGCUGGUGCUGCCCGGCCCCUCGGCCUUCGGACAGAGCGAGUGGAGAGCCAUGGAGGCUCAGCUCAGACUGCUUCAAACCCCCAUCUGGCACAGGGCCAUGGUCCUGUUCACCCAUGGUGACAAGUUAGGGCCUUAUUCCAUCCAGGAGCACAUAAGGCAUCAGGCCGGGACUCUUCGGUGGCUGCUGGACAGAUGUGGGAACAGGUAUCAGGUUCUGACCAGUCACCCCAGCGCGUCGCUGGUUCAGGUCGCAGAGCUCUUUCAAAAGAUUCAGAGGAUGGUGGCAGCUGUAAGGUUUCCCAGAGAGAUCCAGCAGCUGAGACCAGAUGUGAAUCCUGGGGGGGGGCAGAGGUUGAACGCAAGUAGAGAGGAUAUAGAACUCCUAGCGCUCAAUGGGAAUCCAAGACAACGGGAACGGCUGACCUCAGAAUGGCGACGUGACCCCAGAGGACUUGGAACAGGGCCAGGUGGCUCCCCGCCAGCUCUUAGCAUCAUCCUGCUGGGAAGGAGAAAAUCUGGAAAGAGCUCGGUAGGGAACAUGAUCCUGGAGAGAGCGGAAUUUAAGGUGGACUCCAAGACGAGCCAGUGCUCCGCGGGCCAGGCAGAAAUAUCGGGUUGGUCCGUAACGGUGGUGGACACCCCGGGCUGGAGCCUGUUUGGUAUGGCCGAUCCUGAGCAGGUCAGGAGGGAGAUGCACCGCAGCUUCUCGCUCUGUCCGCCGGGGAGCCGGGUCAGCUUCCUGCUGGCCGUUCCCAUAGACUCGUUCAGCGAGAGAGACAGGGCGGCCGUGGAGACGAACAUCAGCGUGCUGUCAGAGUCCGUUUGGAGUAGAACCCUGGUGUUGUUCACCUACGGGAACGCUCUGAGAGGAGGAGCCGUCGAGAAAUACAUCGAGAAGAAGGGAAAGCCUCUUCGGUGGUUGCUGGACAAAUGUGCUCAUAGACAUCAUGUGUGUGAUACAAACUCAGGUGGACGACCUCAAGUCCAUCGGCUCUUGGAGAUGCUGGAAAAAAUAUAGAAGCAGAGCAAACCCAGUAAACCUUGGUUCAUCCAGUGUCUUGCGUAUGUAAUCAGUUUGUGAACUAGUUUUUUUUUUUUUGCACCAUUCAGAUUUUCCCAUACAAAGUUUCAGCCUUUCAGUGUGAGAUUGUUUUUCAAGAAGUCUAUCUACUGUAAGUCUGAUUCUUUUAUUGGAAGCCUGAAAAAAAAACAGAAAAGUGUACGAAGUUCAAAAGUGUAUUUAUUCAGGUCACAUGCAAAGUAAAUCAGCGCUGGGCUC